AUGUCUAGGCUCUCAAAGAAGGAAGCUGUUCGCAUGAUCGUGAUCCGUAGGCGCAAAAUGAGGAAGCACAAGCUCAGGAAGCUGCGCAAGAGAAUGAAGUUUGUCUUUGCCAAGGUCAAGCUGAAACGAGCAUUGCGUAAAGAACAGGCAUUUCGCACGGAGCUUCUGACGCAAGUGGAAGCGGCCGACAUGUUUGAUGCCAAAACAUAUGUAGAGAAUAUUCUUCAUACACUGAGGUACCAUCCCAAGCCAGAGACUGAAGAAGAAAGAAGAGAGCGUUACCGAAUUUUGAAAAAGAUGAACCGUUAUAACACAAAUUUCCAGAGGCCUAAGUUUGAUGACUAAUUGUCUUCUUUCUCUUUCUCACCUGUAUAGAAUCUAUCAUUAUAAUUGUGAUGUUUUAGUUUGGAAAUAAAUAUUUGCAUAA